GCUUUGCUUUACACAUCUACGACAUUGACAGCAAUGGGUAUCACCGUGGUACCAAUGGGUUUCUGUCUGCCUCUAAAUGUAUUGUGUUCGUCUGCGUCGUAUCAGCUAGGAUGAUGUUGGAUGAUUUAAUCCUGUUGUGUUUUGUCAUUGCUUCCUCAGACGAUGGCGGAUGACACGGAGGAUGUUGAGCUGGACUUUGCUGCUGACGAGCAGGAGAGCGCGCGGAGAAGCGCAGUGAUAAGACACCCCCUCGCCUCCUUUUUCCACCUGUUCUUCCGGGUGGUUGCCAUUGUCGCCUAUUUGCUCUGUGACUGGAUCAGCGAGAACUUUGCAUGGUGUUUUGUCCUGAUCAUCACUCUGCUCUCUUUUGACUUCUGGUCUGUCAAGAAUGUGACCGGCAGGCUGCUGGUUGGCCUGCGUUGGUGGAAUCAGAUCGACGAGGAUGGAAAGAGCCUCUGGGUGUUUGAGGCUAAAAAAGCCUCCCUGGGCAAUAACAAUGGGACAGAGGCAGAGGCGAGGAUAUUUUGGCUGGGUCUCAUCAUCUGUCCUCUCAUAUGGACAUUCUUCUUCUUCACCUCCCUCUUCUCCCUGAAGAUUAAAUGGCUGUCACUUGUGGUUGCUAGCAUUUCCCUCCAAGUGGCUAAUCUCUAUGGGUACCUUCGCUGCAAGGCAGUGGGAGAGGAUGGCCAGCCUGCAGACAUCCGCUCUUUCUCGGGGCAGCACCUCCUGCAGCGUCCAGACAUCAUCUUCGGAAUACUAUGAAGAUUACCUCAGCCGCUCUGCUGUGUGCGUGCGUGUGUGUGUGUGCGUGUGCGUGAGAGAGAGACGGAGAUAGAUGAGAGCUGCCUCAUCUCCAAAGUUCCCACAAACUGCAUCUACUUGAAUGGCCGUAUGCCUCGUGCAUGCCUUAUGCUGCUGACUGUUCACUUCACAUGUUGCCCAUGGAUCAGUCUGGCUAUUAUGUCAAUAAAAGAUAAGUGCAUUUAAAUGUA